AUGACGAGAAAGAAGGUAACCCUUGCCUACAUUACGAAUGAUUCAGAGAGAAAAGCUUCAUACAAGAAGCGAAAGAAAGGUCUGAUAAAGAAGGUGAGCGAGCUGAGCAGCCUCUGUGGUGUGCAAGCCUACGUCAUCAUCUACAGCCCUUACGAAACCGUGCCGGUGGUAUGGCCGUCACCUCUUGAUGCGCAGUCCAUCCUUGCCCGUUUCCGCAAGCUCUCCAUCAUGGACCAGAGCCGGAAGAUGGUCAACCAGGAGAGCUUCACUCGCCAGCGGAUCAAGAAGGUGACGGAGCCGCUCCGCCGCCUCCAGAAGGACAACACCUGCCGCGAGCUUGAGGCCUUUAUGUUCCGCUGCAUCCUCGGCCAAGCCUCCCUGGACGACCUCCAAAUCCAUGACGCAACGGAGAUGAGCUUUGUUAUCAGCCAGACGCUUCGUGAUAUCAAAGCCAGGAUGGACGCCAUGGUGGCUGAGCACCAGCGCAAUCAGACUGCGCCGCCGAUGCUGCCUCCACUCCUGCCUCCGCCGCCACCUAUGCUGGCGUUGCCUCCUCCUCCCCCAGCGGUGGAAGAGGCUCCACCGCGGAUGGAGGAUGAUGGGAUGGAGAGCUUCCCGUGGAAUCUGGUCCAGAGCCCGGGAGGAGGAGGCGAGAUGGACAGGACCGGCCUCGGGUGGGAUCCCGGGAUGGUGCUACCGUAUCCAUACAUUUUCGACCAGUCUAACUCUUCUCAAUCUGGCCAGAAUCCAAAUCCUAACCCUAGCCCAAACCCUAAUCCUAAUCCUAACUCUUUCAACCAGUGA